GCUGCCACAAGUUUUUUCGGCGUGCACACGCUUAAAUUACAGCGUAAGGGCAAUCGACGAAAUGCUAUCGCAAGUCUAUCAAUGCCUUGCGCUGCUGCAGCUCGCGCAACAGUCGGCAGCAUUGGUGGGCCCGCCGCAGCUGAGCAAACACACAGCCCGGUUUCGCAGCCCUGUUUCGCAGAGCAGCUCAAGAUUACCGGUCCGCUGGCCGACGGCGUCGCCGCCGCGAGCUCGCCUCCAGCCGCUUCAGGCGGCGGUCGAGCCCACCGGGCGGCCCUUUCUUAAUAAGAACAUGCUCCGGUCGAUCGUCAUCAAUCAGCUCGUCGUCGGCUACUCGAUCUGGAUCUUAAAUGGGGACGGCCGCCAGCUCCUCGCGGCGACGCAGUUUGAUCCCGUGUCUCUUGGCAUUGGCGUAGUGGGCGGCGCGGCGGUCGUCGCGGUGGGCCGCUUCAUCGAGAAAAGCCCGAACCCGCUCUUCGCGGAGCUCAAUCUCUCGACGAACAUGCUUGUGCUACGUCUCUUCGGGCCGAGGCCGCAGCCCAUCGUCGCCGGCGUCGUUAGCUUGGGCAUAGCCACGCUCGUCGCUUUGACGGAGGAGACGGUGUUCCGCGGCGUCGUGACCUGUGUGGAAAUCAACCAGUGUCGCGUGCACCCGAUAAUUCUUCACUAAGUCAGUCUCGACAAUGACGCGGCCGUGCUGGCUCCGUCGAGCGGUGAGGAAUCGACACCGCCACGCCGUCGAGCAGGCAUCGCGUCGAUGGCGUGGAGCAUGAUUGGGCCGUGGAAGGAGAAGCGCCGCGACAUUUCAUUUCCACAGGUCGUGACGUCUCGCCUCGCGGAGAACCUGGGUGCUUUACCGGGCGCGGGCUGCGCGAUUCUGCUCUUCGCCCUGGGCCACAUCAACCCGCUCGCGCUCGGCAAGGAGACGCUACUCCUGUUUGCGCUGCAAGUCUUCACCGGCACGUCGUUCACUUUGCUCGCGUUUGCGACGGGCGGCCUCGCGGCGCCCAUUGUUGCCCACUGCCUCUACGACUGGUACACGUUCUACGAGUCGCAUCUCGCGGUAACGGGGCAGAUGGAGUACUCCGUCGAAGAGGGCGGGCGCGACGAUGCCCUGAAACGCGAGUUCCGCUUCAUCGACACGAAUCGCGAUGGCAAGAUCUCGCCGGACGAGCUGCGCAUCGCUCUGUUUAGUUUCGGCAUCAAGACCGACGACGCCACUGCGCAGGCCACGUUCGCCGCCGCCGACACGGACUCCAGCGGGGACGUCUCCUUCGACGAGUUCGCGAGAUUCGUCAAGAACGGCGACGGCGACGCGUCCAAGGCGUUCAAGCGCGGCUUACUCGGUGUCGCGUAG